AGAAACUUUGAAAUUGUUCCAAAUUUAAAAAUUCUUAAAAAUUACAAACCGCAAAAGAAUACUUUAUUAAAAUAAUAUGCAUACUUUGUGAGUGCUCUGAUGUAAAAUAAAAGUUUAAAUAUGAACCUAACAAUAAAAAUAAUUACAACAAAAAUAAAUCAAAGAGCAUAUAGCCCAAUAGUAAAAUUUACAAAAUAGCAGAAUUUAUAUACAUGAAAACAUUUUCGUAAACAAAAAGACAUAAUACAAAAUUAGGGAAUUUAAUGUGCAGUUUACAAAUACAAUAAUAGCAAAAGAGUUUAAGUAAAAAUACUUAAAACCAAAAAUCCUGUAGUCACGAAUAUCGGAAAUAUACCUACAUACUUGUUGGCAAACAUCAAUAUAUAUGCACAUAUACAAGCAUACAUGUACAUAUGGAAAGGCAACGAUCUACUUACGAAUAAACUUAUAUAUGUGCACACGAAUAUAUUUGUAUAUGAACAAAAAAUAAACGUUCUUAAACUAAAAAUCUGUAACAGCAUCUACACCAAAAAAUUAUAUUAAUUACUUGUUACUACGUAAAAUACAAUAAAAAGUCAGCAUGGAAAAUAUAUAUUAGAAAUUAGUGACCCAUAAACUCAUCAACGUAUUUCGUACAAAAGAAAAAUUAUACUCACUCAAAAACAUUCAUAAAAACAGUCAUAACAAUUUGUGAAAAAUAAAAGAGGCUUAUAGCAAGCUGCUACAAAAACCAAUUUCCAAUACCACCGCCACUUUUUUGAUAUCCUGCAUACGGACAAUCAACUGAAUAAGGUCUUCAUAGCUGAGCAUAUGGCGGUAUGACGUAUGUCAAACGUAGAUAAGCAAAAUUUCAUGGUAUUAGGAAAGGGAACACAUACAAAAGAGACGAAGAGGUGAGAAAUAGCAACUGUGAUUUUGAUAACAGUGGCAGCUGGUGGUAAACAACUCUAUCACUCAAUUGACAUUAACGUCACAGUAUUCAACAUUGCUAGUGAACAGCUGAGCGUUUAUACUAUAAUAGAAACAACAGUUGCUACAACUGGACUAAUCCUAUAUUUAUAUCAAGGAAAACAAAUAUUGAAAGCUCAAGCUAACGAAAUUCCAAGAGCUUUAUGGUAAUAAAUUUAAACUUAAUAGCUUUUCCUCACGCACUCGUUACGACAGAGCUUUCAAAACUACACUUAAAGCUGUCAAUAUUGUUGUUACGAAAACCUGUUGCUCAAAUAACAAGUGAGAUAUACAUUUAAAAUUAAAUAGUCUCCAGCCAGCAGCCGUUAAAAGAAGUCGUUAAAACAUAAUAUUAAGUAUAUAAUACGUCAAGUAUAAAAUAGCAUUACACAUUUAUAUUCGUGUAAUGCCUAUCCCGGCUACCUCUUCCAAGAAAACAACCUCGCUCUACUACUAUUUCGCUCUCUACUUUUCCCACUACAAGGACUCACCGAUACCUAUAAAACAAAUUUUCAUAGGAGGUUAAUUAAACAUGUCUUAUAUACCCGAUGAUGCCAGUAGUAUGAGUGACGACGUUUUUGAAGAUCCAGAAACUACUCAGCGUCGUCUAGAGGAGACCGUACGCCAUCGUGUUGAUUUUGGUGCCAGUGGUGGAGGUAGCAGUGGUCUCGGUUCCAGUAUUGGCGGAAGCAGCAGUAAAGCAUGCAGUACCGGUUAUCCAGGCUAUCGUCCGCCCGUUAAAGCAUUGCAGAUGUAUGCACUUGAAGAUGCGGUAUUUCAUGAAGACAUUGACCAAGGCGAAUAUGAAGAUGGUUGGCGUUCGUAUCGCUACGAUGAAGUGGGCAUGUAUACUCAACCACCACAACAGCCUUUCGAUGAUACGGUAAAUCACAAGACAAUAUUGCUUGGCGAUUCUGGCGUAGGUAAAACUUCUUUCCUAGUUAAGUACAAUACGGGCGAAUUUCGUUUGGGUUCCUUUUCUGCGACAGUUGGUAUCGCAUUAACGGUGAUUAUGUUGGGUGAUUCAGGGGUCGGAAAAACAUGCGUGCUCAUUCGAUUUUAUGAUGGGAAAUAUAUGCCAAACUACUACAUAACCACAGUUGGCAUUGAUUUCCGGAAUAAGGUGGUGGUCGUAGAUGGCACGCGCGUCAAGUUGCAAAUUUGGGACACAGCUGGUCAGGAACGUUUUCGCAGUGUCACACAUGCCUAUUAUCGAGAUGCACAUGCACUUCUUUUAUUAUAUGACGUCACCAAUAAAACCACCUAUGACAACAUUCGCGCAUGGCUCGGUGAGAUAAGGGAAUAUGCACAGGAUGAUGUUGUGAUUGUGCUUAUUGGAAAUAAAGCAGACUGCAGUAACAGCGAAAGGCAGGUAAAACGGGAAGAUGGAGAGCGUUUAGCGCGGGAACACAAUGUGCCGUUCAUGGAAACAUCAGCAAAAACGGGAUUGAAUGUCGAACUUGCUUUCUCUGCUGUCGCUAGGCAACUAAAAUGUCGUGGCACCGUAAAUGGCGAUGAUGGAAAAUUCAAUGUGCAUGAUUUCGUGCGUGACAAUACACGUGCACGCACAAUGUGCGCGCAAUGCAAGUCCAUGUAGUGUUGUGCGGUUUACUCUGUUAUUUGCCAAAAAGAAAUAUGAAAUAAAAAUAAGAAAUGAUGAAAUGUGUAAACAGAAA